AUGCCCUUGGUGUGUUUGACAGACUUUCAGGCUUAUGCCCAGGAGCAUCUUUCUAAGUCAACUUGGGAUUUUAUUGAAGGAGGAGCUGAUGAAUGCUUCACCCGUGAUGAAAACAUGGCAGCAUUUAAAAAAAUCCGCCUCCGCCCCCGGUACCUGAGAGAUGUGCAAAAGGUGGACACCCGGACCGCAGUCCAAGGGGAGGAGAUCACGGCCCCCAUUGGCAUUGCGCCCACAGGUUUCCACUGCCUCGUCUGGCCAGACGGAGAAAUGAGCACAGCCAGAGCCGCCCAAGCAGCUGGGAUCUGCUACAUCACCAGCACCUAUGCUAGCUGUCCCUUUGAAGACAUUGCUGCCACAGCCCCCAGGGGCCUCAAGUGGUUCCAGCUCUAUAUGCAGCCAGACCGGCAGCUCAACAAGCAGCUGGUCCAGAGGGCUGAAUCCCUGGGUUUCAAAGCUCUGGUCAUCACUGUGGAUGCACCCAAAAUUGGCAACAGGCGACGUGACUUUCGAAACCAGCUGAACUUAAAGAUGAACUUGUUGCUGAAAGACCUUCACUCACCUAAAGAGAGAUAUUCAAUGCCUUAUUUCCAGAUGUCCCCCAUCGACUCAUCCUUCUGCUGGAAUGAUCUCUCCUGGCUUCAGAGCAUAUCGCGAUUGCCCAUCAUCCUUAAAGGGAUCUUGACAAAAGAGGAUGCAGAGUUAGCUGUGAAACACAAUGUCCAUGGCAUCAUUGUUUCCAACCAUGGUGGGAGGCAGCUUGAUGACGUUCCCGCUUCUAUCGAUGCCUUGACAGAAGUGGUGGCUGCCGUGAAAGGGAAAAUGGAAGUGUACCUGGAUGGUGGGAUCCGAACUGGCAACGACGUGCUCAAGGCUCUGGCCCUUGGGGCUAAGUGUGUGUUUCUGGGGAGACCAGUCCUGUGGGGUCUUGCCUAUAAGGGCGAACAUGGCGUUGAGGAAGUUCUGAACCUCAUAAAAAAUGAAUUCCACACUUCCAUGACCCUCACAG